AUGGAGUCGACGGUUCAGUCCGAUGAAGCGAAAAAUAUUCGCUACAAUCCAAUGCCUUGUACGUUUACAGAGCUUCGACGUUUUCAGUCCGGACAGAGCGAAUCUCAUGAAGGCACCAUCACAGGCGAAGAACUUGUUAAUGGUUGGUUUGACCAAAGGGGUAGCCAUGCCAGUCUGCCAAACGUCAUUGGCACAGUGAGGUGGAUCUUCGCGAGUACAAUUUCAGUCGCCCCCGAUACACAUGGUGAUAUUCUGUCUUCUGAUGAAGUGCUGGAGCUCGCCAUUAGCGAGGAAAUCUUCACCAAACUUAAACAACGCUAUAGGUUUGCUGGCGUGUUAGAUGCCUGGGAACAUCGCGCCUCAUCUGGAUUUGAGACACGGCACAUCGAAUAUGAUGAAAUUACUGGAAAAAUUAAAUUCAUCACUGUAAUCAUUUCUAUUCGACUCUCAACUAGCUUCGCCUCCGUCUUCGCCAUCAACCAUGAAUUCACCAGCAGUACUACUUUGAUCCUGGGAUUGCGGACUAGUCCUGACGAUCACGCCAUUAUAAAGAAGGCCCAGGAGUCUCACAAUGAUAUGAUAGGACAACCUCUUUUCGUUCCUACUGUCUUGCUCGAACUAAGCCUAGCUGCGAACCUAGGCUACGUGGAAAAGAUUCGCCAAGAAUUGAAAAUCAUUGAAAGAGCAACAGGGUACCAUGGAUGGCUAGAGAUUCCUGGAACAGAAGCCCUUACCCUCAAUAACGAGCUUUCGAAACGGGCACAUGCGACAAAACAACAAGUGUCAAUUUCCCUUCGUCGCCUGAGUUUCCUUCAGUGCUACCUCAAAUCCAUCCAGGAGACAUAUGGCCAAUUAGGACAUCCGAUCAGCAGCUCUUUUACUCUGGCUGCCGGCUCUAUCGACCAAUACGAGCAAUGGCUUCAUAAUAUCGUGUUGUUACUGGCACAGCGCGAAGCUGAUCUGGCCUACUAUGCGCGGCGGGCCGAGAUUCAGAUAGCCGCGGUAAGUUAUGGAAAGACAAACUGGAAUUGCUUUGCUCCUGAUCAUCUGUCAUAG